AUGAGGGGUCCCCUCCAGGGGCCUGGGGAGAAGGAAGACCAGGAGGAAGGGGCGGCGGCGGCCUCUGGGCGUCCUGCUGGGGGCCCGGAGGCCAAGAAGGGUUCGGACACGGAUUCGGACUCCAACCAGGAAACAGAAGGUGCCCGCAGGCCUGGCAGGCUGGGCGAAGACACCCUCUACCUAAGGUUUUGCCGGGCUCACAGUGUCGUGCCCGCCUCCUGCUUUCUGCGCCAAGGGAGCGCCCCAGAGCUCAGCCUGCGGCACCGUGGCCUGGGGCCCCAGGGCGCCCGGGCUCUGGCCCGGGCACUGACCUCCAAUCCCUAUGUCAAGCGGCUGGACCUCCGGGACAACGGACUCUGUGGGGCCGGUGCAGAGGCCCUUGCGGGUGCUCUGAGCAAAACCCGCAGCAUCUGUGAUGUGGACCUGUCGGAGAACCGGCUGGGAGCGGAGGGAGCCCGGGCUAUUUGUGCUGCCCUGGCGGUGAGCCCGGCCGUGCAGAGGGUGCAGCUGGCAGGGAACGGCCUGGAGGAGCAGGCAGCCCAGUACCUGGCUGAACUCCUGCUGGCCCACACGGGCCUGAAAUCCCUGGACCUGAGCUAUAACCAGCUGAAUGACCAAGCAGGGGAGACGCUUGGACCAGCCCUGGCAGAAAACACAGGACUCACGGAGCUCAGUGUGAGGUGGAAUCACCUGCGAGGCCCGGGAGCCAUAGCCUUCGCCAGGGGACUGGAGGCAAACACCUUCCUGAGGGUCCUGGACAUCUCAUUCAAUGGCUGUGGGGAUUCCGGAGCCUCCGCGGUGGGGGAGGCGCUGAAGACCAACGAUGUGCUGGAGGAGCUCUACAUGAGCAACAACCGUAUCUCCGCGGUGGGAGCCCUGAGCCUGGGCCUGGGCCUGCGAGUCAACCAGACACUGAGGAUUCUUGCUGUGUCCAGGAAUCCCAUGCGAAGUGAAGGCUGCUCUGGUGUGCUCAAGUCUGUCCAGGCUAAUCCACAGUCUGCACUGGAGCUUCUAGACUUUUCUGAUAUCCAGGUGAACAGAGAGUUUGAUGAUCUUGCCAGGUCAGUGAAGGUCAUCCUUCCAGGGCUUUGCAUAAAGACGGCUGCCCGCAGAGUGGAGUACAAAAAAGAACUGCUGGCCGUCUUCAGACCAUCUGAAUGA